AUGCCUCUCACACGCACCCACGGCCAGACUACCGCCCCCCGCCGCCACUCCAUCUUCAGUCGGCGCCGCGCUGCUCCCCGUCGCCAAAAGGUUGUGACAACUACCACCACCACCAGAGAACGCAGUCACGGUCUCUUUGGCAAGCGUGAGAAGGUCCAUACCGUUCAUCACCAACACCGCAAGCCCACCAUGAAGGACAAGGUCAGCGGCGCUCUGCUCAAGCUCAAGGGCAGCCUCACCCACCGCCCCGCCGUCAAGGCUGCUGGCACCCGCCGUAUGCAUGGCACUGACGGACGUGGUUCCCGACGCGUCCACCGCGUGUAA